AUGACUGAGAAAGGACAAAAAGAGAGGAAUUGUAAUCUUGAAAACACCAACCAGAUUGCCAAUGAAGUUGGAGAGAGGAGAGAGGAAGGCGCAAAAGAUUUCCAAAACGCUAUAGACCGUCAUGAACGGGACCUCAAAAUAUCCAGAGAAGUGGGAGACAGGGCAAGAGAACGAAGAGCGUACUGUAAUCUUGGCAACGCCUACUACAGUCUUGGAGAUUUCCGGAGAGCCAUAGAGUACCAUGAACGUCACCUCAAAAUUUCGAAAGAAGUGGGAGACAGGGCAGGAGAAGGAAGAGCGUAUUGUAAUCUUGGCAACGCCUUUAGAAAUCUUGGACAUUUCCAGAAAGCCAUAGAGUACCAUGAACAAGACCUCAAAGUCUCGAAAGAAGUGGGAGACAGGGCAGGAGAAGGAAGAGCGUACUGUAAUCUUGGCUACAGCUAUCACAGUCUUGGAGAUUUCCAGAAAGCCAUAGAGUACCAUGAACGACACCUCAAAAUUUCGAAAGAAGUGGGAGACAGGGCAGGAGAAGGAAAAGCGUACUGUAAUCUUGGCAACGCCUUUACAAAUGUUGGACAUUUCCAGAAAGCCAUAGAGUACCAUGAACGACACCUCAGCAUUUCGAAAGAAGUGGGAGACAGGGCAGGAGAAGGAAGAGCGUACUGUAAUCUUGGCAACACCUUUAGAAAUCUUGGACAUUUCCAGAAAGCCAUAGAGUACCAUGAACGAGACCUCAAAAUUUCGAAAGAAGUGGGAGACAGGGCAGGAGAAGGAAGAGCGUACGGUAAUCUUGGCCACAACUAUCACAGGCUUGGAGAUUUCCAGAAAGCCAUAGAGUACCAUGAACGAUGCCUCAAAAUUUCGAAAGAAGUGGGAGACAGGGCAGGAGAAGGAAAAGCGUACUGUAAUCUUGGCAACGGCUAUAACAGACUUGGAGAUUUCCGGAAAGCCAUAGAGUACCAUGAACGACACCUCAACAUUUCGAAGGAAGCGGGAGACAGGGCAGAAGAAGGAAGAGCGUACUGUAAUCUUGGCAACGCCUUUAGAAAUCUUGGACAUUUCCAGAAAGCCAUAGAGUACCAUGAACGAGACCUCAAAAUUUCGAAAGAAGUGGGAGACAGGGCAGGAGAAGGAAGAGCGUACGGUAAUCUUGGCCUCAGCUAUCGCAGUCUUGGAGAUUUCCAGAAAGCCAUAGAGUACCUUGAACGAUGCCUCAAAAUUUCGAAAGAAGUGGGAGACAGGGCAGGAGAAGGAAAAGCGUACUGUAAUCUUGGCAACGGCUAUGACAGUCUUGGAGAUUUCCGGAAAGCCAUGGAAUACCAUGAACGACACCUCAACAUUUCGAAAGAAGUGGGAGACAGGGCAGGAGAAGGAAUAGCGUACUGUAAUCUUGGCAAAGCCUAUGCGAGUCUUGGAGAUUUUCGGAAAGCCAUAGAGUACUAUGAACGACACCUCAAAAUUUCGAAAGAAGUGGGAGACAGGGCAGGAGAAGGAAAAGCGUACUGUAAUCUUGGCAACGCCUUUAAAAAUCUUGGAGAUUUCCAGAAAGCCAUAGAGUACCAUGAACGAGACCUCAAAAUUUCGAAAGAAGUGGGAGACAGGGCAGGAGAAGGAAGAGCGUACUGUAAUUUUGGCAACGCCUAUCAAGGUCUUGGAGAUUUGGAGAAAGCCAUAGAGUAUUAUAAGAAGAGUGUUACAGCCUUCGACCACAUCAGGGGAAAUCUCAUAUCUAAGGACGAAUGGAAGAUAAGCCUUCAGAAUACGUAUGAUCAUAUUAAUUUGAGUCUAUGGGGGCUGCAGUUUAAGGAAGGUAAAGUCACCGAGGCACUUUUAACUGCUGAUCAUGGACGUGCACAGGCUCUAAACGAUCUUCUGAAGUUCAAGUAUGGCCUUAAAGGGCCACGCUCAGAUAUAGGAACACUUUCUGCAAGACCAAGUGACUUUUUUGGCUCCGUACCUUCAAAUACAGCUUUUAUAGCUAUCAACGAAGGAGGAAUAGUUCUGUGGGUGAGCCAGAAAGGAAAAAAAAUCAAAACUAGAAGAAGCGAGAUUGUUAUCCCUGCUACAAACUAUUUUCAGUCUCUUUUGGAAACUGUACAUAAAGAAAUAGGUGUGAGAGCUGAUGUUAUUUGUGAAGAUCGCUCAUUAAAGAACCCAAACGAUAAAAAGUUAGAAGAAAAAACCAUUAAGUCAAAGUCUCAUCCUUCAUGUUUUGAGACAAAAUCAUUACAAACAUUUUACAAUGCUGUUAUAGACCCUAUAAGAGACUUACUCCAGGGCGAUGAGGUUGUGGUCGUUCCACAAGGACCUCUGUAUUUGGCGCCUUAUGCUGCUUUAAUGGACUUGAAAUCAAAGUACCUAUGUGAAACUUUCAGAAUUCGUCUGCUUCCCUCACUUUCUAGUCUUCGAUUAAUCCACAAUAGUCCAGCAGAUUGGCACAGCAAGACUGGCGCUCUUCUCGUCGGCGAUCCGUGGGUACAGGAGGUAGUUUAUGAAGGAAGGAGGCUAGAGCAGUUAGAGUGGGCUGAAAAAGAAGUGCAAAUGAUUGGGAAAAUACUUCAAACUGUACCUCUCGUUGGAAAACGGGCAACUAAAGAUGAAGUUUUGAGACGUAUCUCCUCGGUUGCUUUGGUGCACAUUGCUGCUCACGGUAAAAUGGAAACAGGAGAAAUUACCUUGGCCCCUAGCACAACACGUUCAUCAUUCGGAAAUCCAGCCAGGGAGGACUAUCUCUUAACUAUGCAAGAUGUUUUAAAGGCGCAGAUUAGGGCAAGACUUGUUGUACUUAGUUGCUGCCAUAGUGCUCAGGGAGAGGUCAAAUCUGAGGGUGUGGUCGGCAUCGCACGGGCAUUUUUGGGUGCUGGUGCUCGUUCUGUUCUGGUAUCCCUGUGGGCGAUCGAUGACGAAGCUACUAUGGAGUUCAUGAAAGUUUUCUACCAACAACUAGUCCAUGGACGAAGUGCCAGUGAGGCCCUGAAUAUAGCCAUGAAAUCCAUGAGAGAAUCUCACCGCUUUAACGCAGUGAAGUACUGGGCGCCGUUUGUUCUCAUUGGUGAUGACGUAACGCUUGAGUUUGAAGGCAUCGAUUAAAUAGCAAGGUAUUUUGGUAUACAUUUAAACCUGGGAUCAUAAUCCCUACUUUUGCAAAUGUUAUUUUAAGAAUUAUUUCUGUCGCUUAUAAGGCAACGAUCUAACUCAACCGAUGCCACUUAUAACGUCAAUCUGCCUAUCACAGGUUGACAGCUACAAAGAAGCCUGACUUUGGUAGUUUGUUUGGCAGUUAAACUACAAAAUGUAUUUCAAAUCUGAUGAUUUUUUUUACAUUUCAAUGUUUCGGCGUCCCUGUUUGAGUUCGCUCCAUUGGAACUAACAGUCGAUCUUGACGUAAGCGACGACCCAAAAUGCCAAGAUCAAAUUUUUGGUCGCUUAUUUCACGUUGAGUGGUCGCUUAGGAAAGUCUCCAAAUAUGGUUAAUCUUCUAUUAAGCCUUCCGGGGGGUUUAUUCAUUUCAAGAACGUUUGAGCGAGGGGCUUAUUUUAUUAAAUGAAGUUUUUGAGAUCAUUUCCCCAUAAAGAACUAGAACGCUAAGUGGAAAAGUCCAGGCACCUGAAGUUGGAGGUCAUCAAACCGAAGGUCAAAAUCAAAUCCGAACUUCCAGCUCGUGAAUAAACUAUAUUGGAUGAUCAGCCCACAUGAAGUGUUAUAGUCGUGACAAAUUGAUUGAUAUAUCAUACGUUUAUUAUAUAUGAACAGAGAGAGGGAGCUUGAAAGAGAGAUAGGGUUUAUGCUAUGCUAGUUUAUUUAAAUCUACAAUAGGUUUACUCGUGGGUUGAAGUUACCAGUUUUAAUAUGGCCCUUUGCUCUAAAAGAUUUAGAGCGUUUUCGAUUCACCGUCUUUCGCGUCCCAAAUAAGAAAAAAUGGGGUAAACUCGAAUGAAAUCACUUGUUUUGGCUUUCAUUGUAUUGCAGUAUCUACAAAAAUGAUUAAAAUAAAGUAAUCUGAUCUAUAUAAACUUUAAACGGUCCAAAAACGUACGGUAUGGAAGAGGUUUGUAACAAAACGUUUGCGUAUUCGUUUUCCGGUAUACGAUCAAUCGGGCGCACUCUUAGAAGCCAGUUGUCAAAAUGUUUUUUUCGCUAGCUGAAAUCACUAUUCUUCUCUUCUGCUAGUUUGCUAACGUUGUUUUUUGCUGUUUUUGUUGUUGUUGCUAUUCUAUAGGUAUGAUGAAGAAUGCAGUGAAGCAGUUCCUAAGUUGAAGUCAGUUUCUUAUUUGUCACAAUUACGCCGUGGAACGUUUCUCCCAAGAAUAGCAACACUUUAUCCCGAACAGAAAAUUAUAUGCUGUUCAUAA